AUGUUCUCAAAGUCAACAGGUCGUCACUUCUCUAAUAAAUUUGAGUACACUUCCCGCCGUCAGUCAGUAACUCCAAGUGGGAAAAGCAUUCGAAGACACACUUAUGAGGGCAGCGCUUCGCCACCUUCAGAAUUUCUUACUUCCAUCUCACCCCCAAUUUCUCCUCUUCACAAGCCAAAGGAAAGUUCAGAUCUCUUCGCAACAAAGUUUGUUCAGCUAUCUAGUCUUCUUGGUAUUAAGCGGAAAGAGGCUUUACAACAAGAAUACUUUGAUACAUGGGAUCGACAUGUUCAACUUGUGAACGAAUUUCGAGAAAUCGUCAAGAUCGUCGAACAUAUGGAAAACGUCUACGAAAAUUCAAAGAACACACACAUGCUUGAUCGUUUUUAUAAAUUGAAAUCCUGUGUUCGCAGAACUCACAUGUUCCUUCAAGUUUGUUCGGUGCAUUCAAGCCUGGGAAAGGAUAUUGCUUUGUACUAUUCUAGCGACAUGCAAGGGUCAGAAUCGGAUCUGAGUUUCCAAAGAUCCCUUCAAAGGGGAUCUGUCAUCAGUAGUCAAGCUAAAGAAGCUGAAGCUCUCAGACAGAAAGAGGAAGCGUUUGAAAGAAUGGACUUGGAACAAGUAGCCAAUGCCAUCAAGAAGAUGAAGGAUGAGAAUGAAAUGCUGACGAUGGAGAGCAAACUCCUUCUGGCUGAGCUGAAGUGGCUUUGUGAUCGCUACGCGGAAAUUCGACACAUCAAUCUGGUUGCCAAGUACUACUUCCUCAAACGCAUCAUUCGAAAGGUCAUUUACGGCGAUACCCAACGCGAAAUUCAGUGA